AUGGGCACAGGUGAUCGGCUACUCGAUAUACCCUGUAAUGUGUGCGGGGACAGAAGCUCCGGCAAGCAUUAUGGCAUCUAUAGCUGUGAUGGUUGUUCGGGGUUCUUCAAGCGGUCAAUACACAGGAACCGCGUGUACACAUGCAAGGCCGGCGGUGAGAUGAAGGGCCGCUGCCCCGUGGACAAGACGCACCGCAACCAGUGCCGCGCCUGCCGCCUCGCCAAGUGCUUCCAAGCCAACAUGAACAAAGAUGCGGUGCAGCACGAGCGCGGGCCCCGCAAGCCGAAGCUUCACGCGGGGGCUCUGGGCAGCCUGCCGCCGCCGUCGCUGGUGCACGCGCACAAGCCGCACCCGCUCAAGCUGUCGCCGCCCUCGCCCUUUGCCCCGCUGCCGCAGCCUUUCAACUUUCAGUUCAGCAUAAGCGGGUCAAGCGAUCAGGCCCCACUGAGCACGGCAUCGUCAGCGGGCUCGAGCGGCGCGGGCGGCGCCGGAGCCGUCAGCCCGUUGCCGCUGGUCCCCGAGCCCUUCUUAGCGCCGCCGCCGCCGGGCCUGCUGCAUAUACUCAUGUCCACUGACAAAUGCCAGGAGUUGAUGUGGAGCGCCAAGCAGCUGCAACUGCAAGGAGACCCCACGCUGCUGCGGCCCCCGCCUAGUGCUUUCGGGGCUCCGUUGGCUCCGACUUGGGAGUUAUUGCAGGAGACCAGCGCUCGCCUGCUUUUCAUGGCAGUGCGAUGGGUGCGGUGCCUAGCACCAUUUCAGGCGCUCGCGCAUUCUGACCAGCUGGUGUUGCUCCGAGCGGCGUGGAAGGACCUGUUCCUACUGCACUUGGCACAGUGGUCUGCGCCUUGGGAUCUGGCACCAUUGCUGGCCGCGCCCGCAGCCCGCGCUCGGUUGCCGCCCGACCCGUUGGCUGACUUGGAGCUUAACACUUUACAGGAAAUUCUAUGCCGAUUCCGUCAAAUAGCACCAGACGGCAGCGAGUGCGGUUGCAUGAAGGCGAUCGUUCUAUUCUCACCAGACACGCCUGGCCUGAGCGAGACGCAGCCGGUGGAGAUGCUGCAGGACCAGGCGCAGUGCAUCCUCGCGGACUACGUGCGAACUAGGUACACCCGCCAACCCACGAGGUUCGGUCGUCUACUCCUCCUCCUGCCAUCACUCCGAGCAGUCCGCGCGCGCUCCAUCGAGUUGCUGCUUUUCCGCGAGACCGUUGGCGACGUCUCAGUGGCCACCCUGCUUCACGACAUGUACCGUAUGCAGCCGGCCCCUGCCCCACCCUUCCAUCCUGCACCACCGGCCACCUCUAGCGAACACUGUGCUUCGCCAUAA